AGCUGCAGCCAUAUUCAGUUUCAGUGCACCGGCUAGUACAAAAACAUUUACUCACAGUUAAAAACUACCUCUUUUUAAACUGGGAAUUUUUUUACUGGAUGAACUACCGUUCGGGACUGUAAAUUGGGAGAAUGGAGCUGCGGCUAAACUGACACUCGACGGAAUAAACCACCUCACAAUCUCGGUUCUUUCAAACUGAGAAGUGCUGCUGGAUUGAGCAGGAUUAGGGUUAGCUGUUAGCUAAGCGAAUGGGAGCUGCCCGGCCUGGAGAGUGAAAAGUGAUGGAAAUCUGUGCCACGUCGUAUCCAGACCAUUAGAAGCUCGUUUAGGGAUCUGACCACUAUGUUGGGCUUGUUUUGCUAGCUAGCUUAAUGGCUAGCUAGCAACUCGGAGUCUGGGACUUCAGAGCUCCACCUCGGCCAGAUUUAUUAGUCAGAGACAGACACAGUACGAGGCGCAGGUUUGUUAUCCUGGUAAUCCCUUAAUCGAGGAGGGUUUUUAACAGUGAACGGGUCAGUAAUAAACAGAACCAUGUCGGCUAAGGUGCGUCUGAAGAAGUUGGAGCAGUUACUGCUGGAUGGGUAUCAGAAGAACUCGACUUCUUUAAGUGUGGAGACCCUGCUGGAUAUUCUUAUCUGUUUAUACAACGAAUGCACAAAUUCUCCCCUGAAACGCGAGAAACAUGUGACCGAGUUUUUACAAUGGGUGAAGCCGUUCACCACCACAGUAAAGGACAUGCGUCUGCACAGGGACGACUUUGAGAUGCUGAAGGUCAUAGGCCGGGGUGCCUUCGGAGAGGUUGCUGUGGUAAAGAUGAAAAACACGGAGCGCAUUUACGCCAUGAAAAUCCUAAACAAGUGGGAGAUGCUGAAAAGAGCAGAGACGGCUUGUUUUAAAGAGGAGAGGGACGUUCUGGUGAACGGAGACUGCCAGUGGAUCACGACCCUGCAUUACGCCUUUCAGGAUGAUAAUUACCUGUAUCUAGUGAUGGACUACUAUGUGGGUGGGGACCUGCUAACACUGCUCAGCAAGUUUGAGGACCGGCUGCCAGAGGACAUGUCCAAGUUCUACGUGGCAGAGAUGGUCCUCGCUAUUUACUCUAUCCACCAGCAGAACUAUGUGCACAGGGACAUAAAGCCUGAUAAUGUGCUGCUCGAUAUGAAUGGCCAUAUUCGCCUGGCUGACUUCGGGUCCUGCCUCAAGAUGAUGCCCGAUGGCACGGUGCAGUCAUCAGUAGCCGUUGGAACUCCGGAUUACAUCUCACCAGAGAUUCUGCAGGCGAUGGAGGAUGGCAUGGGGAAGUACGGACCAGAGUGUGAUUGGUGGUCUCUGGGUGUGUGCAUGUAUGAGAUGUUGUAUGGAGAGACGCCUUUUUAUGCAGAGUCCCUGGUCGAGACCUAUGGCAAGAUUAUGAACCAUGAGGAGCGCUUUCAGUUCCCAUCCCAUAUCACAGACGUGUCGGAGGAUGCCAAGGAUCUGAUGCAGCGGCUGAUCUGUAGCAGGGAACGCAGGCUGGGCCAGAAGGGCAUUGAAGACUUCAAAAAGCACCCUUUCUUCUCCGGAAUCAACUGGGAGAACAUUCGCAACACCGAAGCUCCCUACAUUCCUGACGUCAGCUCUCCCUCGGACACCUCCAACUUCGACGUGGACGAUGAUGUGCUAAAAAACCCGGACAUUGCUCCUCCAGUCUCUCAUGGCUUCACCGGGCAGCACCUGCCCUUCGUGGGCUUCACCUACACAACAGACAGCUGUUUCUCAGACCGGGGUCGGCUUAGGCUGGCAGCUCUGGCUGAUGGAGGCUCAGGAGAAGAGCUGCAGCGUGAUAAGGAUGGUAGCUUGCAGCUGGAGGCCUUUGAAAGGAGGAUCCGCUCCCUGGAGCAGGAGAAACAGGAGCUGAGCCGCAAACUGCAAGAAUCUACCCAGGCCGCUCAGUCUCUGCAUGGUUCGGGCCGCGGAGCCGGCACACUGGGACGCGAUAAAGAGAUCAAGAAGCUCAACGAAGAGAUUGAACGCCUUAAGAAGAAACUAGCAGAUUCUGAUAGGCUGGAACACCAGCUGGAGGAAGCAGUCACUCUGCGGCAGGACUACGAGAGUUCAUCCACCAGACUUAAGGCACUCGACAAACAAGUCAAAGCUCUGCGGCAGGAAAAAGAGGACACUCAUAAGCAACUGGCCGAGUCCCUGGAGCGGCUGAAGUCUCAGACGAAGGAGCUGAAGGACGCUCAUCAGCAGAGGAAGCUGGCCAUGCAGGAGUUCUCCGAGCAAAACGAGCGCAUGGCCGAGCUCCGUUCACAGAAGCAGCGGCUAACCCGCCAGCUCCGCGACAAAGAGGAGGAGAUGGAGGGGCUCAUGCAGAAGCUCGACACCAUGCGUCAGGACAUCCGCAAGACCGAAAAGGCUCGCAAAGAGCUGGAAGCUGAGCUGGAAGAUACCCGUGCCGAGGCUUCAAAGGAGAAAAAACUACGAGAACACAGUGAAGUUUACUCCAAACAACUUGAAAGUGAGCUGGAAACUCUGAAGGUAAAGCAGGGUACUGGCCGAAUCUCCAGCACGAGCGCCGAGACUCAACAAGAACUGACUAAGGUGAAGUCAGAGCUGGAUAAGAAGGUGUUGUUCUAUGAGGAGGAGCAGGUGAAGCGCGAUGCCUGCCACACCACUGAGCUGAAGAACCUGCGCAAAGAGCUGCAUGAUUCAGAGAGCCAGCAGAUGUCUCUGCAGAAAGAGCUGCUGGUGCUUAAAGACAAGCUGGAGAAAGCCAAUAAUGAACGGCAAAUAGAGAUCGAUGAGGCAAUAGCUACUCUAAAGGAGAAAUAUGAGCGUGAACGCAACUUGCUGACUGAGGAAAACCAAAAGCUGACCUCAGAAACAGACAGGCUGUGUGCAUUCGUGGACAUGCUGAAAUCCCAGAACGGACAGCUAGAGGAUGAGCUACAGGACCUGGCCUCAAAGAAAGAGAGCGUCGCACACUGGGAAGCACAGAUAGCCGAAAUCAUUCAGUGGGUGAGCGAUGAGAAAGAUGCCCGUGGCUACCUGCAAGCUUUGGCCUCUAAGAUGACCGAAGAGCUGGAGUCACUGCGCAGCACCAGCCUAGGUUCCAGGCAUCUGGAUCCAUUGUGGAAGGUCCGGCGCAGUCAGAAGCUGGACAUGUCUGCUCGUUUGGAGCUCCAGUCUGCUCUGGAUGCUGAAAUAAGAGCCAAGCAACUUGUCCAGGAGGAGCUGCGUAAGGUCAAGGCUUCCAACAUCUCCCUUGAGAGCAAACUGAAAGACGGGGAUGUAAAGAACAGGGAGCUGGAGGAGCAGGUGGAAAGCAUGAAGAAAGACCUGGAGGAGAUCCGGUCCAGUUCUGACAGAGGUCUAAAACUUCCAGACUUCCAGGACUCCAUCUUUGAGUACUUCAACACGUCUCCACUGACACAUGACCUUACCUUCAGAACUAGCUCAGUCAGUGAGGUUGAUACCGCACCUCAGAAAACAGACCUUCCCUCUUCCUCCCCUUCAGCCAUUCCAGAACAGGAUGAGCCAAUAAAGUCUCCAGUGGCCACACCAAUUGUCACACCUACAACCUACCAAUCAUCGCUGAUCACGGCGGCCAAGCCUAAAGCUCAUCAGCUGAGUAUUAAGACCUUCUCGAGUCCAACCCAGUGUACCCACUGCACCUCUCUGAUGGUGGGACUGAUCAGACAGGGAUAUGCCUGCGAAGUGUGCUCCUUCAUCUGUCAUGUAUCCUGUAAGGACAAUGCGCCUCAGGUGUGCCCUAUUCCACCAGAGCAGGCUAAGAGGCCUCUGGGUAUUGAUGUGCAGAGAGGUAUUGGCACAGCCUACAAAGGAUUUGUCAGGAUCCCAAAGCCUACUGGGGUAAAGAAGGGCUGGCAGAGAGCAUACGCUGUGGUGUGCGACUGUAAACUUUUCCUGUACGAGGUUCCUGAAGGGAAGUCUACUCAGCCUGGUGUAGUGGCCAGCCAAGUCCUGGACCUCAGAGAUGAUGAGUUCUCUGUAAACUCUGUGUUGGCAUCGGAUGUGAUUCACGCCACUCGCAAGGAUAUCCCCUGUAUAUUCAGGGUAACAUCCUCCACCCUGAGCUCCCCAGUGCGGGCGGUGUCUUUGCUGAUCCUGGCUGAGAGCGAGACUGAGAAAAGGAAGUGGGUGGGCAUUCUGGAGGGCCUACAGAACAUCUUGGCCAAGAACCGGCUUAAGAACAGAAUAGUGCACAAUCUACACGAGGCCUACGACAGUAACCUGCCUGCCAUCAGAACCACACUGUCCGCAGCUAUUAUCGAUCGAGAGCGAAUUGCGCUGGGCACAGAAGAAGGCCUGUUUGUGGUUGAGGUCACUAGAGAUGUAAUCGUACGUGCUGCUGACUGCAAGAAGGUUUACCAGAUUGAGCCCGUCCCCAAAGAGAAGAUGGUGGUGGUGCUGUGCGGUCGCAAUCGACACGUACACCUGCAACCUUGGGGAGCGCUGGACGGCGCAGAAACUAACUUUGACUUCAAACUCCCCGAAACGAAAGGUUGCCAGGCUCUCAGCGUCGGCACGCCGCGUCCCGGCGGUCCUGCCUACAUGAUGGCGGCUGUGAAGCGGCUGGUGCUCUGCUAUGAGAUCACACGUGCCAAGCCGCAUGCACGACGCAUGUGGGAGGUGCAAGCCCCCGGCGUCGUACAGUGGCUGGGCAUGGUGCGUGGACGUGUGUGCGUGGGCUACCCGUCGGGUUUCGCUUUGCUGGCGCUGCAGUCUGAGACGGCACCCGUCAGCCUGGUGAGCCCCACUGACCCAUCACUGGCUUUCCUUGCCCAGCAGCCACUGGAUGCUCUGCACGCCAUGGAAGUGAGCAGCAACGAGCUACUGCUUUGUUUUAGCCAGCUCGGUGUGUAUGUGGACGGGCAGGGCCGGCGCUCACGCACCCAGGAGCUCAUGUGGCCUGCUACACCACUCGCCUGCAGUUCCAACUCCACGUAUCUAACAGUGUACAGUGACUAUGAAGUUGACGUGUUUGAUGUCCACAGCACAGAAUGGGUCCAGACAAUUUCAUUACAAAAGAUCAGACCCCUGAAUGUGGAGGGCAGUUUGAACUUGCUGGGCUCAGAGCAGCCACGCCUCAUCUACUUCAGCAACAAUGCUGCAGAAGGGUGUGAACUGACCAUCCCUGAGACAUCUGACAACAGUAAGAAACUUAUGGUGAGGACACGCAGCAAGAGAAAGUUCCUCUUUAGGGUACCUGAGGAGGAGCGGCUACAGCAGAGGAGGGAGAUGCUGAGGGACCCAGAAAUGAGGUCAAAACUGAUCUCCAACCCUACUAAUUUCAACCAUGUAGCCCACAUGGGUCCAGGAGAUGGGAUGCAAGUUCUCAUGGAUCUGCCUCUGAGUGUGAUGCCUUCUCAGGAUGACUUGGGUAGAGACAAGCCACGUCCUCUUUCCAGCAUUUCCCGGCAACAGAGGAGUAAAAGUCACAUCACUCGCACUGCCUCAGGGGUUGGUGAUUUCAUAGGACCAGGGUCGUCUCGCAAUAUCUCAGAUCCAGACCAGGACUUUGACAGAGAGCCUGACUCAGACUCCACCAAACACUCCACGCCUUCCAACAGCUCAAACCCAAGCAGCCCUCCGAGUCCCAAUUCUCCUCACCGGAGUCAGCUUACUCUGGAUGGCCUGGAUCAUGUCAUGGAUUGCUGAGAGGGAGAAUCAUCCUGGGUCCACACAAACACCUCUUUAUUUUGAUAUACAGCUCCUUUCUACUCAGUUUGGGCUUGUCGCAAAGUGCCAAGAAUUGACCUUUCAUCUCCGUCAACUGAGAACUCUAUUACCUUCCAACAUUAUUAUGGACGAGUUCUUCACUGUCCUGGCUUCAUGCACCGAAACAUCACCUGGAUGCUGAGUCAAGGGCAGAAAAACGUUAUGGCUCACACGAGUCAAAGAGUGUGUUUUUUUUUUAAGUUUAAUUCCAUUAUGUAUUCACAUAAGUUUUUAUCUAUAUAGCUAAAUGGAUAGCUAACGGCUGCCUGAGAAUCAGAAGCUCACCGAAAAUCACUAAUUGUGAACUUCUCUGAUCAUGAAAGAAACUUUUUCUUAAUAUCACAGACAGGGGAAAGAGACUUUUUGUUGUUUUUAAGGUGUAUAAAAAUUUCGAAUUAUUAUGUGGUGGUUUAAAAAAAACAUAUUUUAAAGACUCUAAAAAAUCAAGAAGAAAAAACGUCCCAGAUUAAUCCAGUUAGUCCAGUAACAAAAUUCCUUUUUUAAUUCUUUAAUCACAAUUUCCUGUCUUGAGUUUUGACUCAGGCGAUUCAUAAUGAGGCAUUGAUGCUUACAGACUGGGGGGAUUUUAAGCCAAACCAAUGGGCACUUUUAUUGUAAUGUAUUAGUUUUCUUCAUUUUCAGCCAGACUUUGUCAUAUUCAUGUUUUAACCUAGAUGUUCGAUAAAGAAAGCUAUUUAGCUGCUGAAACACUGCUCAUAAACAAGAAAAAGAAACUAAAGUGAACCGAAACCAGAUUUUACGUAUAGAUAUUGUGUUUUAACAAGAGAAACAGCACACGGCUAAAGGACCACACUAUUCAUAGGAUUUUAAUAGAUGUAUUGAAACUGCUGCUGCUGCUUUUGUGUGCUUUAUAACUAAAUAAAUAUGUGAUCUAAUUCACACUAUAGCUACACUUUAGAAACCACUACAUUGUAGGGUAUCUAAAGGCAAAGGCAAACGUGCAAGUGUCUUGAACAUUUUUAUGAAUCCAAAUGCGAAGUUUGUAUGUGGUGGAAUUAGUGGACUGUCACACAGGAGCUUCAGGCAAAACAAUUUUAUCAAUUGGUUUAAUAGCGUGCCUUUGUAACAACACUACUAAAGUAUUCGGUCAUUUCAAAAUCAGUAAAAACAAGCUAGUGGUGGUUUUUGUUUUUUGUUUUUUUUUGUCCCGAAACACUGUAUGAAUCUUGCACAUAAAAGAUGUUUUAGUCCUAGGAAAUUCUUUUGAUUUGUGUUGGUGGUAUGUUAUCCCUCCCUCUUUUCUCCAGUUUUCUGUUUCUAAAACCAGGAUUUUAUCCUCGGAACACUACUGCUUUUAAUUCAAGAAAACAAAUCACAAGUUGAAAUCUUUGUAAUUAUUGAAUUGUUAGUCGCAAAUCUGAACAAACAAUAAAAGAAUAUCUGUGGCGCUUUUGUUGUCAAACUAGUGUGCUGUGAAGUGAACUAGAUCUGAUCAUUUCUGGGGAAAGCUUUGUGGAAGUUCACUUGUGCUAGUGCUUAAUGUGAUGGGAAAAUACAGAGCAAGGAAGAUGUGUCAAAGUGCACGUCUCAAUACAGAAUUCUCUACAGACCCUCUGGGCUAAUAAGUCCACCGUUGUGGAUUCUCCUCUUCAGCUUAACCCACUGGCUUUCAAUGGGAUU